AUGGAUAAUUCUGAUAUGACAAUAAUACCAAAUAUUAAUGAACAAAAUUUGAAAGAACCAUUAUAUAAAAAUUAUAUUUUUGUAUUUAUGAUUGUCGGUUUAAUCACAAUGAUCCCAUUGAUUAUAAUCAAUAUAGCAGUCAUGAUGAAAAAACGACUAUCACGUAUAUGUCGUUUAUUAUUAUUGUGUGUCUGUUUAUCACUUGGUUCAUGUGUCGGUGCAUUGGCAUUCACACAUUAUGCAUUAGGACCAAUCGAUGUAACCUUAACUAAAGGUGAUCAAAUAUUGAUUGGUGAGUCAACAAAUGGAUUUCUAAUGAAUAUACAUGAAUUACGUUCAUGGACUUGUAAUCAUUUAGAAAUUAAAUCAAAUAAAUUAAAAAUUCGUAUUUGGGCAACACCUAUAUCACCACAUUAUGGACCAGCACAAAACUACAGUUUAGUCAUACGUAAUUGGACUUUACCAACAUUUACUCAUCUUCGAUUGAAUCAUGGUGAUUCAAUUUAUGUACACAAUUUUUCACAACCAACACAAAUAAUUAUUCUUAAAGGUGAAGAAUCUAUGCAACGUUGGAUUAAUACUGGUUCAUAUAAAAAAGGUUAUGAAAAAUGUUGUUCAUGGUAUAUAUUACAAACAAAUCUAGAGCAUAGACAACAUAUAACCAUUGAACAUAAUGAUAUUUAUACUUUCAUAGUAAGAACAUUUACAAUGUCAACCAAUACUACUACUUCAUCGUAUUUCAAUGAACAAUCAAUAAUAGAAAGUGGAUAUAUUGAUUUAUUUCGUACACGUUGGGCACCUAAUCCAUGUGAUCCAAUUAUUUGUGAUGGUACAACAACAACUCAAUGUAAAAUAACAUCAUCACCAAAAAGUUACAUCAUUGAUUAUACCGUUGAAACAAUGACAGCGCCUAAUUUCGAUUAUGCGAAUGUACAGAUUAUCUGUUAUCCACGUCAUUGGUUAUUGGGGAUUAUGUUUAGUUUACCAAUUAUAGUAAUUAUAAGUCUUUUAUUAAUAAUACAUGCAUGUAUUAAAAAACGGAAGAAACAAUUUACAUUCUCUGAUACAAAUAUUCAACAAACAUCACCAUUUACUAAUUUUAAUGUUAAACAAAUCAAUGGGAAAUAUACAACAUCCAAUGAAAAUCAUAAUCCUGCAUUUGAAUUUGAUUUAGUGUAA